UUUCGUUCUUAAAAAAAAAACUCCGUCUUCUCCUCAUCACUCUCCUCUCUCCCCUCUCGAACCAGUCAUCGUUCAGUUAAUCGAGGCUUCAAUCGCUCCAGUCGUCGUUGUGUUGAUUCCCUGGAGUAGACCAUCACGAGUACCACAUCGAUUAAAGAAGGGUAGAAGACGACGGUGGACCAUGUCGAUUGAUUUGCUGGAGUAGACCAUCGCGAGUACCAUAUCGCUCCGAUCAUCCCUACUUAGGUUCUCCCUCGUCUCUCUCGUCGCGAGUACUACUCCGCCUUUGUACAUACAUCAACAAUGGUGUCUGCCAUUUUACAUUUGAGCCUUGGGUAUAGCGGUACAACAAUGGCUUGUAUUUCUGAGGAAAAUCCGGUGGGUAGAGCAGCUCCUUCUUCAUUGUCUAAUCUCAUUGGACUACUACCUUUCCUCCAUGACUUAGAUGCUCAAAAGCAAGCAACUGAAUUGUUUGGAGCUACAAAAACAUGGUUCUUAGUUUGGGGAACAACAUGUGGAAUCCAAGCAUCAGUUAUGGCUACUUGUUCACCGGGAGAUACACUAAUUCUUCCAAAAAAACUCUCAUAUCUCAGCUUUUUCUUCCAUGUGGUGAAGCGAACUUCUAAUAAGGAAAAAAUCCUGCUAAAUGUGAAUUCUGGUACAGAUACAGAGAUCAUCUACUAUUAUUCUAGUCAUCCUUUAAAGCUUUGUGUAUGCAAGGAGCAGUUGGAGAAAGAAACAUCUUUGAAAACUGAAGUAUUGGAAAAAACACGAACAGUCUUAACUUAAAACACAGUUAUACAGGGCGCAACUACGCAAAUGUUAGAGAUCCAAAGACGGGCAAGGUUAUCUAGGGGUGUGCAAAAAAACCGCAAAACCGAAAAACCGAGCCGAUCUGGCCAAUCCGAAACCGAAAAACCGGGUACCUACGGGUCGGUUUCGGUUUGGGUAUUUAGAUAUCCACGGAUACCCGAACCGAACCGUGUUUAAUCAACUUUCAAACAAAUAAUUUUCAUAAUUAUGUGUUCUAAUAAUAUUAAUAUCAUAAUGUUUAAGUACAUUAAAUAAUAUUCAUAUAAUAUAGAAUUAAUAGGGAU